GAUGCCAUUAAUGAGAUGGACGAGUACUUCAGCCCUAUCCACACGUACCAGGUGUGUAACGUGAUGAGCCCUAGCCAGAACAACUGGCUAAGGACGGGCUGGAUCCCUCGAGAGGGAGCGAGGAGGAUCUACAUCGAGGUCAAGUUCACCCUGAGAGACUGCAACAGCAUGCCUGGAGUAUUGGGUACCUGCAAGGAAACCUUCAACCUGUACUAUUAUGAGUCUGACAGAGCAGUGGGCUCGGCUGUACGGGAGAACCAGUUCAUCAAGAUUGACACCAUCGCUGCUGACGAGAGCUUCACAGGGGUGGACCUGGGAGUCCGCAGACUUAAACUCAACACUGAGGUGCGAGGCGUGGGCCCUCUGAGCAGACGAGGCUUCUACCUGGCCUUCCAGGACAUCGGUGCCUGCAUCGCCCUCACCUCUGUGCGGGUGUACUACAAACGCUGCGUGGGUGUGAGCCGGAACCUGGCCGUGUUCACUGACGUGGUGACGGGGGCAGACUCGUCCUCUCUGGUGGAGGUCAGGGGUCAAUGUGUGGAUCACGCAGAGGAGAGGGACACGCCUAAGAUGUACUGCAGUGCUGAGGGCGAGUGGCUGGUACCCAUCGGGAGGUGUGUGUGCUCCGCUGGAUUUGAGGAACACAGAGACUCCUGUGUGGCCUGUGAGGUGGGUUUCUAUAAGCCCGUGGCAGGCGAUGGCCUGUGUGGUAAAUGUCCUCAACACAGCCACUCAGAGACCAGAGCUGCCCUCUCCUGCCCCUGCGACUCCAACUACUAUCGAGCUGCAGAUGACCCGCCAGCAGCUCCAUGCUCCCGCCCUCCGUCUGCUCCAGUAAAUGUCAUCUCCUCAGUCAACGGGACGUCUGUGAAUUUAGAGUGGGAUCGGCCUCUGGAUACCGGAGGUCGCAGCGACCUGCAGUACAGUGUGGUGUGUCAGAAAUGCUCAGGAGGGCCCUGUGAGGACUGUGCAUCCUCUCCGGGAAGCGCCAGUGGAGGGAAGUCAGGCGGAGGCAUGAGUAUUGGGGUUGGAGGGAUGGUGGAGCGUAUGGGUUCUGCAGCAGUUCGUUUCGUUCCCCGCCAGAACGGGCUGACGGAGCCCUGGGUGACGGUGCUCAACCUGGCGGCUCACACCAACUAUUCCUUUCGCCUCCUGGCCAUGAAUGCUGUGACGCACCUGAGCAAUGAGCCCUCACCGUAUGCCCUGGUCAACAUCACAACGAACCAGGCAGCCCCGUCUGAAGUGUUAGCCAUCCGCCAGGAGAACACCAGCCAGAACAGCGUGACGCUGCUGUGGCAUGAACCCGACCAGCCAAACGGGGUCAUCCUGGAGUACGACAUCAAGUACUAUGAGAAGGAUAAUGAAGCACAAAGUUACUCCACUCUGAAGUCAAAAAAUACCAGUGCCCGAGUGUCAGGGCUGAAGCCAGGCACCAAGUAUAUCUUCCAGGUCCGAGCCAGAACGUCCGCAGGCUGCGGACGCUUCAGCCAGAAUGUGGAGAUCCAGACUGGGAAAGCAGUUCCUCUGCGCUACAACACCAUGACCAUCAUCUGGAUCUGCAUGGCCCUGGUGUCUGGCCUCGUCACCUUUCUGGCCAUCAUCAUCUGCAGGAAACGACACUGUGGCUACAGUAAAGCCUUCCAGGACUCUGAUGAGGAGAAGAUGCAUUACCAGAACGGACACGUGUCAUUCCCCGACGCAAGGUUCUAUAUCGACCCGCACACAUACGAGGACCCCUGCCAGGCGGUCCACGAGUUUGCCCGAGAAAUUGAAGCUUCCAGGAUCAAAAUAGAGAAAAUCAUUGGCUCAGGGGAGUUUGGAGAGGUGUGUUAUGGACGUAUGAGACUCCCAGGUAAAAGAGACAUCCCAGUGGCCCUGAAGACCUUGAAGGCAGGAUACACAGAGAAGCAGAAGAGGGACUUCCUGGCUGAGGCGUCUAUCAUGGCCCAGUUCGACCACCCCAACGUCAUUCGCCUGGAAGGGGUGGUAACCCAGAGCAAACCAGUGAUGAUCAUCACAGAGUACAUGGAGAACGGCUCUCUGGACUCCUUCCUCAGGAGACAUGAUGGCCAGUUCACCAUCAUCCAGCUGGUGGGGUUGCUGCGUGGCAUUGCGGCCGGUAUGACCUACCUGUCUGACCUGGGUUACAUCCACAGAGACCUGGCUGCCCGCAACAUCUUGGUCAACAGCAACCUGGUGUGUAAGGUGUCUGACUUCGGCCUGUCCCGAGUGCUGGAGGACGACCCUGACGCUGCAUACACCACCAGUGGCGGGAAAAUUCCAAUCCGCUGGACAGCCCCCGAGGCCAUUGCCUACAGGAAGUUCUCCUCCUCCAGUGACGUGUGGAGCUACGGAGUGGUCAUGUGGGAGGUGAUGUCCUACGGAGAGCGACCAUACUGGAACCUCACCAACAGAGAUGUGAUCAAAUCUGUGGAGGAGGGCUACAGGCUGCCUGCUCCUAUGGGCUGCCCGGCUCCUCUACACACACUCAUGCUGGACUGCUGGCAGAAGGAUCGCAACGAGAGGCCACGCUUCUGCCAGAUAGUCACUGUUCUUGACAAGCUAAUCCGCAACCCAGAGAACCUGAAGUCUAUGGACACGCUCUGCAGUUUAAACAGUCCUCCGCUGAUGGAGAGAGCUAUCCCCGACUUCAGUAGCUGUAACUCUGUAAAUGAGUGGCUGGACACCAUAAAGAUGGGCCGCUACAAGGACCACUUUGCAGCGGGGGGCUAUCAAACUCUGGGACAUGUCAUAAGCAUGAACCAAGGGGACAUCCAGAGGCUCGGAGUGACGCUGAUGGGCCACCAGAAGAAGAUCAUGACCAGCGUGCAGUUGAUGAGGGCGCAGGUCCUCAACAAGAGUGUGCCAUCUGUGCACGUAUAACUCCUACACUGAGGUUUCUCUCUGCUGAAAUCUAGAAACCCAGGCUUCUGAGGUCUAGAGGACUCCGUGGGAUUGAAGAUGAUCUGAUGAAUGGGAGAAUAAGAUAUGUGGGAACUUUACAAGACUUUUCCUUAAGAGACUGAAGAACAAAAUGUGAAAGGGUUUAACUAUGGAGCAAGUAAACAUGACUUCUUUGGGACAAGUCCGACCUUUCAUUUUUUUUUUCCUAUCCAAUUGCAUUUUCUGAGUUAAAUGUCUUGUUUUAUAAAUGGAAAGACUGCCUUAAUUACCACAAAUUGUUUUAAGUUUAUUGUCUACAAAGAGAAAAUAAUUUAUCAAUCAUGAAUUUAUCAGAGAAAUAUGAUUUCCUGAAGCGGGCAAUAGUAAAUGGAGUGAUGUAGAUGUUGGGGGGAGGACGGGGGGGUGUUCUCAGAUGACACUCGCUGCCUCUCCUCCAGUAACAGCUUGGGGAGAACGAGGCCCCGAAUGAGGCUCGAGACAGCACAAGUGGAGAAAAGUGAAAUAGUGCUCACCCAAGUUGCCAGAUCGUCUCCACAGUGGAGAAAACCUAUUUCACCCUAGGCUAUUAAUACCAACAACAGGCACAUUUCUCCGCCGUCUAACCUUGAUGAAUGACCCCAGGAGAGGCCUCGAGCCCUCUGCCCAGUUUGAAGCUGCGUGGCGCACAACUACUGUACUUGGAAGA